ACUUUAGUUUAUUGAAAAUGCUCGGUGGGAGCUGUGACAUAUUCGACAAUCAAGAACCAAUAGCAGGAAGUAAAGAAGAAAAAAACAAACAGAAGAAAAAAGUUAAAUAGAAACACUGGGUCAAAAAAUUAUUGAGAAAAUUCUCGAAAUGUUUCGAAUCGGAAAAUAUAUUUCUCCCAAGCGUGAAUCGCUGUUGAGAACAUAUGCAACGAAGAAAAUCAUCGCCAUCCGACGGGAAGACCAAAGUGUUUGGGAACGUCGAGCCCCUUUUUCACCUUCUCAUGUCCGCAAAUUAGUCAAAACAGGCGUCAAAGUCAUAGUACAACCGAGCAAUCGUCGCGCUUACCCUAUGCAGUCAUACCUCAACGCAGGAGCCAUAAUCCAAGAAGACAUAUCAGAAGCUAAUAUUAUUUUUGGAGUAAAACAAGUACCCAUCGAUCAACUAAUCCCUGAUAAGACUUAUUGUAUAUUCUCACACACUAUUAAGGCCCAAGAAUCCAAUAUGCCUCUUCUUGACGCAAUUUUAGAAAAACGCAUAAGACUAAUCGAUUACGAAAAACUAAUGGAUGAGAAAGGCCAAAGAGUUGUGGCUUUUGGAAAAAUGGCAGGAAUUGCAGGAACUGUAAACAUUUUUCACGGCUUAGGUUUGAGACUUCUCGCUUUGGGUCACCACACACCGUUCAUGCACAUCGGGCCAGCUCAUAAUUAUCGCAAUUCAAGUAUGGCAAAGCAAGCAGUUCGAGAUGCAGGUUACGAAAUAGCUCUGGGAUUGAUGCCCAAGUCGAUUGGACCGUUAACUGUGGUGUUUACCGGCUCAGGAAACGUGUCUCAGGGUUCUCAAGAGGUGUUCCAAGAGCUACCACAUGAAUACGUAGCUCCUGAGUCUUUAAAGAAAGCGGCAGAACAUGGCAGUCUAAAUAAAGUUUACGCUUGUGAGGUGCGAAGAAGACAUUACUUGGAACGCGCUGAAGGCGGUGGUUUUGACUCUGUUGAGUAUGAAGAGCAUCCAGAACGUUACAUUUCCACUUUUAGUAAAAAAAUUGCACCAUACGCUUCCAUUAUCAUCAAUGGAAUCUACUGGGCUGUUAAUAGUCCGAAACUUAUGACUAUUCCUGAUGCCAAACAUUUGUUAAGGCCCGCCCACACUCCCUGGCUACCAACUUCAAUCGGUGCUCCAGCUUUGCCUCACCGGAUGUUGGCUAUAUGUGAUAUUUCGGCUGAUCCUGGUGGCUCGAUUGAAUUUAUGAAUGAAUGUACGACAAUUGAUACACCAUUUUGCCUGUACGAUGCAGAUAGAAAUAAAGAUACAAAGAGUUUUAACGGACCCGGAGUCUUAGUAUGUAGCAUAGAUAAUAUGCCUACGCAAAUUCCAAGAGAAAGUACCGACUUUUUUGGAGAUUUGUUGUUUCCCUAUGCACAAGAUAUCAUGAAAUCUAACGCGCAACAACCUCUAGAAAGUCACAGUUUUUGUCCAGCUGUUGAUGGGGCGAUCAUUGCAAGUAACGGCAAACUCACUCCCAAUUACGAAUACAUCCAAGAAUUACGAAAAUCAGCAAUUAAAAGCAGGCACAAAGCAAGUAGCGAGUCUUCAUCCGUCGAAAAGCAGGUUGUUAUCGUGGGCGCUGGACGUGUGGCUGCACCAUUAGUGGAAUAUCUCCAUCGGGACAAAUCCGUCGGUAUUACCGUUGCAUGUGAAAAGAAAGAUUUGAGUGAUAAUUUAGCAAGAGCUUUCCCCGGCAUUGAAAGUCUCUAUCUGAACGCUGUUGAAAACCCCAACACUUUGGAGGAAAUUGUAAAAAAAGCUGAUGUUGCAGUAUCAAUCCUUCCAGCUAACUUGCACCAUAUUGUUGCUCAAGCAUGUAUUAAAGAAGGCACUCAUAUGGUCACAGCAAGUUACAUGAGCCAAGAAAUGAAGAAUCUACACCAGGAAGCAGUUGAUGCCGGCAUCACUGUGCUUAAUGAAAUAGGCUUAGAUCCAGGAGUUGACCAUUUGCUUGCUUUGGAAUGUAUUCAAGAAGUGCAGCAAGCUGGGGGACGAAUCACUUCGUUUGAGUCGUUCUGUGGAGGUCUUCCAGCGCCCGAAUUUAGUGAUAAUCCGUUGAGGUACAAGUUUUCGUGGUCACCAAGAGGAGCUCUUUUAAAUACCUUAUCAUCAGCACGAUACUUGAGUAAGGGACAAAUUGUUGAAAUUAGUUCAGGAGGAGAGUUGAUGAAUACGACGAAAACGCUUGAUUUUCUACCUGGAUUUAAUCUUGAAGGAUUUCCUAACAGAGAUAGCACAAUUUAUGCAAAAUACUAUGGAAUUGAAGAUGCUUUAACACUCUUGAGAGGCACUAUUAGAUAUACAGGAUUUGCUCAAGCUGCUAGAAUGUUACAAUUUUUGGGGUUGUUGGAUCCAGAACCCCACCCAGCAUUGCACGCACAAGGACCAGAAAUUACCUGGAGGAUGCUUAUUUGCAACCUCCUCGGUUUGGAAGGCCACAACAUCUUCUACGAUAACCUCAAGAAUCAAAUUGUUGAACGAACGGGUUCUGAGUUUUCGGUCGAUUUACUCGAAGAGCUUGGUCUGUUAAACGAAAAUGGUGUAAUAAAAUGCGGAACUCCUCUAGAUACGCUCACUCAUUACCUCUCAACUAAAUUAGCGUUAGAAAAACAUGAACGUGAUUUGGUGAUUUUACGUCACGAAAUCGGUAUUAAUUGGCCGGAUAACAGAAAAGAAAUAAGAGGUGUUAAUUUUGUUGUUUAUGGAGAUGCUAAUGGCUAUUCAGCCAUGGCUAAAACUGUGGGUUAUCCAGCAGCUAUUGCUACAAAGAUGAUUUUGGAUGGUGAAAUACAAGAUAGAGGAAUGAUUCUUCCCUUUGCACCGGAAAUAUACAGGACAAUUUUGUCAAGAUUACGGUCUGAGGGCUUGAAUAGUACUGAAACAUCGAAAUUUAUUUAAACUAUUAUCAAUAACAUUUUUUAUUUAAUAAACCGCAACUGUGAUUGGUAUAA